CUCCUAUUUUCAAAUUAAGCGCUGUAGUGUACUUCUCUUUGAGACUUUCGAAAUUUGAAGAUUCCCAUUCUCUAUCGUAAAGAUUACUCAGCAUAAUUCAUAGGUUAAAAUAAUAGCGGCCAUCUCCUUUCUGUCGCUACGUUAAUGGGCCGUUCGCGUAGCAGAUCACUGUCUAGUGGUCACAAGUCGAAACCUAGACGGUACAGAAGCCGUUCGCGCGAUAAAAUCAAAGAGCGCGACAGGUAUCGUGACAAAGAACGCGACAGGGUACGCAUAAGAGGGAACGAAAGGUCGUAUCGAGACCGUCAUCGUCAUGACAGAAGACGGAGAAAAAGAAGUUCGACAGUGUCAAGCUACGAUAGUGAAGCAGAGAGGCGAAAUCGAAAAUCAAAAAUGAAGGAAAUAGAUAGGAAAAUAGAAGAGGCUCGAAGGAAAGAAGAAGCUGAAAAACGUGCUCUGGAGCAACGAGAAAAGUAACUGUUUUGUUCUAAAACUUACGCUGUAUUGGAUCCACAAGGUCUCAGCGGAUCGUAUGUAAGCCUUGCCACUCAAGGCUUUUGUUAGCUUUAACCACACUUAUAAAAAUAUGCUUUAGGCGUCCUAACCACUGUAUGGUUAACAAAUUAGACCAAAUGCUUGAUUUUAGUACAUUGAAAAUUUUAGUGCUUUAUGCUCUGUUUUAUUGUGUAAACUUAUAAGUUGCUGCGAAACACCAGAAUAUCUAUUCAUUUAUUUCGGUUUGCACUAUCUUUCUAUUUCACCAUCAUAGUAAUAGAAUAAGUUAUGAUGACGAAAAAUAACUAGAUAAAAUGGGGUGCCAUACUUCAAAAUUUAUAAGCAAUAAAUGGGACCAGCGAAUAAAAAUAAUAUAGGAUUGUAACAAACUUGAAUCACUUGGAAAUAUUAAAAGUGAAAUUGUUGUUCAUCUCUAUGAAGCGAGUAGGUAUAGGCAAUAUAUCUUAACUAUGUUGAUUGAUGAACGUUCGUGGCGUUACUAAUCGAGUUUCUGUUUUUACUUAGUAAUCCAUAUAGUUUCAUGUUUAUUUAAUAGUUCCUUUAUGUAUAAUCAAUAAUUUGAAGGGAUGAUUGAGUGCUGUUGACUUGGAUGUGUCCUGUACAUUCACAUAUCGUAUUUCAUGAUUAUAAGGUGAUAGCGGUGUGUUCUGCAGUGUACUCGCUUAAGCUAUGACUUGACUAGAUUCAACUAAGUACCAUGCCUUGGCAUUGAGGUUUCUCCAGAUAUCAAGCCUGUUAAGACUUAAGGUGGGCAGAGUCAACCCACUCAACUACCUCAUUUUCUAUGAUCAGACUAUGCAUUAAAGUAAAUUAGUUUCAAAGCAAAAUUCCAAAUGUCAGUAGUUGGGUGUACCACAAAGAUUCAUGGAACAUCAAUAAAACAUUCAUAAGAUUUCAUUUUGUCUACGUCAUCCCCAAGCAAAUAAGUUUUCCUCGACUGUUCUCUACACAUUGUACAGAAAAACUAGUCUCUUGUAAAGACUGUCAGGUUGCAAUUGUCAUCAAAUUAAGUGAGAGAAGCUUUUGCUUUUAACCAGGUGCCAUAUUUCUGGAAGAAUCUAACAUCCUUUGUCUCUGGGUAAAACUUAUGUAUGUGAAAAAAAUCAGCAGAGAUUGAGAGAGUAAAAAUAAGACUCAGUUCGCUACGUGAGUUCGUUGAAUAUCUAGAGAUCUGUGCUUUCUGUUCAGCGACGUCGAAAAAAAAAUUGAGUAGAUUAGCUACAUUCAAAUUCAAACCUUUAAAGAUUCUUCUUAGGAUUAGUGUUGAGACUAGGUUUCAAAAACCAGUGAUGGCUUCCGAUACUAUUUGUCAGGAUAAUAUGGUCUUCCAGUUCCUAGUAUUCUAGAGGAAAACAACCAAAUUUUACCAUAUGUCGCCGAUAAAUUUUCUCUUGAAUGCACCUCAAAGCAUUGGUCUUGUAAAAUGCUAUUUCGUACAAGGCGGUUUUAAACUGAUUGAAAUUCUUAUCAAUAAUUGAGACGCGCUACGUACGCUAGAUUAGCCUAUGUUUCAUUCAUGUCACGGUAUUAGAUGUGAGGUUGUAUGUAACCGAAGCGCAAAUCUCCCUCCAACGGCGCUAAAAAAGCAUAGUCUUUCGAACUGUGUAUGUUGCUGACAUUCUGUUUUAAAUUGAUCAUCUUAAACUUUACAGAGUUAUGUGUCAGUCUCUUACCGUCUGACCAAUUAUGAAGUUCAGUUAAAUCCUUUAGAGAUAGCUUAUUGUCAUGCUUUCGAAUUGCUCACAGUAAUUCCGCAUCAUUAGUAAUCAUAAUCAAUCUUACUGACACCAGGCUUUCUAGUCAGUCAAGAAAAUUUGUUAGUAAAUGAUAACAAUGAAAUAGAUUAAAUAACCAAUCAUAUAUGUAUAUAAAUAUUACCGUUAAACUUGGUGAGGAUAUAAUUGGAAACAAUGUUGUUUAUAUAUUCUAAUUCAUAUAAUCGGUUUUUUUAAUAUUUCUACUGAAGUUGAAGACACAACACCAGUCUGUGAACUCAUUCACCGUUUUGAGUUGUGUAUGGAUUCACGCUGUACUGUCCGUUAUUAUGGUACUCAUUUACCAAGUCCCAUGCCUGUGUAGUUGGCUUCAUACUAUUGUCUCUUUAUGAUUGAUCGACUGACAUCUUUAAGCCACAUUUAGUGUGCGCACUAGUAUUGCAACUUCCCUGUCACAACUGAAGUAAGCUUACCGGGGCUCGAGCCUUUGACUUUGAAAUUAUUGUUACCAUAAAAGUCAGCAAUCAAGUAUCCUGGAUGAUAGAUGGAAUUUUAUUUGUUUAAGAUGGAUUCGUUCAGUUGUUUAUUAGUCUACGCUUGACUCACUCUCCAGACCCAAACAUUUUUAGUAAUUUAUAAGAUCUACGCAGUUUCUUUUCCUUCACAGUUUCAGAGCGGAGAAACUUGACUAUAUAUUCAUGUUUUUUGGUUCCACGUUUUAGUACUUGUCUGUCAGUCUAUGAAAAUGUUGUCUACAUUUUACAGCAAUAGACCAUUUUGAUAUUUAUUACUUUUUAACAAAACAUGAUUAUAAUAUCCUCCAUAAUUCAGAGAACGACGGUUGCAGGAGGAACGUGAACGGGAGGCGGAAGCAGCCAGGCAGUUAGAAGCUCGUGUUACAGAGGCUUUCGAAGCUGCUUUAGUAGAUAGGGCUGAAGACCUCCAGGCUGAAUUGGAAAGAAGAUAUCAAGCGGAAAUUGACCGGAGAGUUAAGAAUAAACUAGAUGAGAUCGAACGUGAAUACCAAAGCAAGCUGGAAGAGCAGAGACGUAUGGAGGAGGAGGAAAAACGUAAACAAGCAGAAUUGGACAAAAUACUUGAAGAGAAUAAUCGCAAACUCAUGGAAGCUAGGCGUAGAGAGGACUAUUACCUACAGCCGAUUAACGGAUCUGCAUUAUAAAGUUCUGUAUAUAUAAUUUUUCCUGAUAAAACUUAUUCUUCUGUACCUUCAUUUUCAUUUACCAAAUAAAAUAGUUUAUCAAAA